GAGCCAACUCGGCUGUUGAUCGAAGGGCAACCGCUCCCGCGCUUUGAACCUUUUCGCCCACCCACACCUCAAGCAAAUCGCCAUACAGUGCAUACACGGCCUGUCCCACUGUCCGACCGCGUGCUUCCAAGGUCGCUUCAUCCUCGUCCCCUCUCCACAGCUGAUCCCUCCAAUAAUCGUCAGCAUGCCUUUGUCCUGCUGCUCAUCCUCGUCCUCGACCUUUGACCUCGCCUCUGCUGUAACGCAUCGUGGCUUUGUUCCUUCUCUGGCUCUGAUUGUUCGGCUUCAUUGGCAUUCACUUCUUUUGUUCUAAUAUUGUGUCAUGACGCCGUCUGCCAGCUGCUGUCACUGCUGUGCAGCGAGCCGACCGUCCUUCACGCCUGUCCUUCCUUGACUCCGCCCACUGAAUUCUCGAAACAACAGGAAUGACCCGUACAAACCCUACCAGACUCCCUCUACCCUGACGACGUCCAUUCCUUCUCCUCUGCGACAUGGUUCCGCUCAACAUCCCUCCCGAGGGGCUUGUCCUGAGGCGGGAACCCAAACAUCACACACAUAAACAGACAAAAGAACCCACCCAAGUGAUACAGUUGGACUUGAUAGAGUCCGUGACUAAGGACAUCCUUCGAUCUCUGAAAAACAACGAGCAAGUUCGGUUCCGAUGUGGGAAAAGACCGGUGGUGCAGUUCGGCAAGAAAACAGUAACCCUGGAGAGCAGCGUUGAUACGUUUCCCACGGAGAUCUACUCCAAGUCCGACAAUGACACAGCCCCUCUAUAUUUCACUGGCAAGUCAAGCCAUAGACUGGAAGUCAAAAAGGCUGGAAAGGAUACUGCAAAGGCCGACGAAGCCUUGGCUACGCUUGAAAGCACCCUAAAGUCUAUACAGGAGGAACGAGCGUCGAACGAGACAAGCUUGAAAGAAGACCUUAAGCAGGGACUAAGGAAAGACGUGAAGCCAUCGCCCUUACUGGGGCAGGGCUCUGCUUUGAGGAAAGAUCAUUUGUUGGGAUCCUUGAGCAGAUCUACACCAGGGAGCCCUUUCCUGAGUGCCUCGUAUUCUCCGCGGCUUGGGCCUACCUCGGCCCCUUUGUCCUCUGGGAUGUCCACGAAGGAUCGAAUACGACUCGACGCUAUCCGCAUACCACUCGUGCAUCUUCUGGCCGUCCGGCCAAUGACAGCGAAAUCGAUCUGUGAUCAACUGCAUGCAAGCAAGGACGACAUCGACAAGUUACUCGACAAGGUGUCAUGGGAGUCCAAAGCAGAGGAUGGGAAAAGAGAGCUGAAAGAAAAGAGCUACCGUGAGCUGGAUGUCUGGAAAUUCCGGUAUCGGUCGCAAGAGGACAGACAAGCAGCUAUUGAUCAUGCCAUUCAAGCAUAUGACAGGAUGAGAGUGGAGAAGAAAGACCCUCUCUGGCAGCUCUUACUUCCUGCAGAGGAUCGGGGAAAGGGCAAGAUCUUGUCAAAGCUGAACUUCGACAAGCCAGUAUCCAGUCACGCCACCCCUAAGCCUGAGCGUCCGAACGAGGACGGCAGCGAGAGUAAGAAUGAGAUGUCAGACCGAGAUCAUGGUAAGGCACGAGCAAAGAAGGACAGAGAGCCUGUAGGUGCAGAAAAGGGGCGGAAAGACAAGGCUAUCACCAAGGCUGCUGUUAAGAGCGACUCGAGUGCUACUGUCAAAGGCAAAGACAAGGAUUCCUCACACUUGAAAUCUGCAAAAACAGAUGCUAAAUUCAAGUCCUCUGAACGCAUUGAGGACUCUGAUGAAGAAGCCGAAGCGGCGUCGGAAGUCGUCGCCAAGCCAAAGAAGCACGACGCAGGGACAACAAAGUCGACUUCCACCUUAAAGAGAAAACCAGAACACGGCCCACUCAAGUCGACCAAGUCGCCUUUGACAACUGCCUCUCCAAAAAAGACCGCCCACAAAUCCUCGCUCUCAAGCUCGUCGUCAUCCAGUGGUAAUAACAGUGCGAGUGAUAAACCCCGGCCCACGGUUACGGGCCCUUCCAAGUCGUUGAAACCUCAGAAUCAUCAGAAACUGGAAAAUACGGCUUCUCGCAUUUCUCCACGGCCACGACACGACAGUUCGCCGCAGAAGCCAUCACCACUUGGCUCUUCACCUCCGACCACCUCGACUGAUUUAGACAAUUCCAGCUCCAGCAAGGCAUCUAACCAUUCUUCCGCUCCAUCAUCUCCGCCAUCCAGCACCGACAUGCCCCAAACGAAACAAGGCAAUAAAUACUCUCCUGUUAUCUCGGACAAAAGUAGGAACGUGUCUCGAGGCAGAAGUCCAGGUCCAAGCCCUGUGAAGCGCAAAGCUGCCCCUGCCGAAGACGAACGUCCUGCAAAACGGCAGCAUCAGCAACAGACGUCCACUUCAAAUCAUUCCACCCCUCCGACAAAUGGUGUGACUGACCACCCUGUGCUGAAGCGGCCUACUGCUCCGGUUCGAACCGACUCCGAACGGUCAUCUAGCCCCGAGAAACCAGGACCCAAAAGAGAAGAUAUCAUUGAGGAGGCGAGACGAUUUCAAAAGUAUUAUAAACGAUACAAAGAUCUCUAUGACAAGAUAUCACAAAUGGACGAGAAGGAGCGUGAUGAUAAGGACAUGAGCGACCUGUGGAAGAUGCACAAGCGGCUGAAGGAGAUGAAGGCCGAUAUCUGGGCAAAUUGGGGUAAAGUCGAAAAGGUCGACACGGCUGACUCUAAUGGGGAUGUGAGAGCGAUGCUUGCUGUUGCAUAAGAAAAGUGUUUUAUGAUACCAAGGAUCCCGGAACCCGGAUCUACACAUUUGCAGGAGAGACAAAGGAUUUCAUUCAGCCGCCCUUUGUGAGUACCUACAGCCGUUCAUGAUUCUACAAUGAUCCAGACUCAGAUAAGCCUGAUUCUAAAUAAAAAUGAGAUUUGCUACCUUUAUGAGAA